CCGUGUCAGUGCCUGUGCAGCGGGGAUGAUAGCUAGAAUGCCCGCGGAGACCCGAGCACCUCCAGGCUCAUGGACAAAUAAUAAAUCCAACCAUUAAAUCCGCUGGAAUGACUGCGAGUGGGCUUUCCGUGCGUGCGAGGAGGGCGUGAGCGCGCUUGGCUGUAGUGGCCGAAUAUAGACGCGCUUUGCCGGUGUAGCUGCAGCGGCCGGGAGGACGGGAAGGAGGGGCCCGCUGUUCGGUGCUCCGUUGUCUCGUAAUAGGAUAAAGAAAAGGGAAAGCGAGCUAUUUUUACGCACGCACUGGAAGAAGGACCGUGUCUGGAGGAGCCGCCAUGGGGACUUCGCCAGAUGAGAGCUCGGUGCGCGUGGCCCUGAGGAUCCGCCCUCAGUUGGCCAAAGAGAAGAUCGAGGGCUGUCAUAUCUGCACGUACGUGAUGCCCGGAGAGCCCCAGGUGUUUCUGGGUAAAGACAAGGCCUUCACCUACGAUCAUGUGUUUGAUAUGGACACGCAUCAGGACCCCAUCUACACAAACUGCACUGAGAGGCUCAUCGAGGGCUGCUUCGAGGGCUACAACGCCACCAUCUUCGCCUAUGGACAGACGGGUUCGGGGAAGACGUACACCAUGGGCACAGGGUUUGAUGUGAAUAUCAGUGAGGAGGAGCUGGGGAUCAUUCCUCGAGCUGUGAACCACCUGUUCCGAGGCAUCGAGCAGCGGAGACAGAGCGCCACCGAGCAGGGACGGCCUGUGCCAGAGUUCAAGAUCAACGCGCAGUUUCUGGAGCUUUACAAUGAGGAGGUUCUGGAUUUGUUUGACACGACUCGAGACCUGGAGACUCGUAAACAAAAAUCCAACAUAAAAAUCCACGAGGACGCGAACGGAGGCAUCUACACAGUGGGAGUGACCACCCGCACCGUCACCUCUGCAGCCGAGAUGAUGCAGUGUCUGAAGCUCGGCGCUCUGUCCAGGACCACAGCGAGCACCCAGAUGAACGUGCAGAGCUCCAGGUCCCACGCCAUCUUCACCAUCCACCUGUGCCAAGUCCGAGUCUGCUCCCCCGACAACAACGACAAUGAGACAGACAACAGAUUAGCUAAUAACUCUGAGAUAAAUGAGUUUGAGACACUGACAGCCAAGUUUCACUUUGUGGAUUUGGCCGGAUCUGAGCGUCUGAAGAGGACUGGAGCCACAGGGGACCGAGCCAAAGAGGGGAUCUCCAUCAACUGUGGACUGCUCGCUCUGGGAAACGUCAUCAGCGCGUUGGGAGAUCGCAGUAAACGCUCCAGCCACGUGCCGUACAGAGACUCAAAACUCACCAGACUUUUACAAGACUCAUUAGGAGGCAACAGUCAAACAGUGAUGAUCGCCUGCAUCAGCCCCUCGGACAGGGACUUCAUGGAGACUCUGAACACGCUGAAAUAUGCAAACAGAGCUCGCAACAUUAAGAAUAAGGUGGUGGUGAACCAGGACAGAGCCAGUCAACAGAUCAGCGCUCUGAGGACGGAGAUCGCACGACUGCAGAUGGAACUGAUGGAGUACAAGACGGGGAAGCGUAUGGUGGGAGAGGACGGGCUGGAGGGCAUGAACGAUCUGGUCCAUGAAAACUCGAUGCUUCAGACGGAGAAUAAAAACCUGAGGCUGAGAGUGAAGGCCAUGCAGGAGACCAUCGACGCCCAGAGAGCCAGACUCACACAGCUCCUCAGUGAUCAGGCCAAUACUGUACUCGCCAGAGCAGGUGAAGGCAAUGAGGAAAUCGGAAACAUGAUUCACAAUUACAUCAAAGAAAUUGAAGAACUAAGGGCCAAACUUCUGGAGAGUGAAUCUAUGAAUGAAAACCUGAGGAAGAACCUGUCCCGGGCGUCGACUCGUUCUUCUCUGUAUGGGGCGGGCUCCUUCCCUCCGGCUCUGCUCGCCCCCGAGAAGGAGGCCAACGAGGUCAUCGAGAUGGCCAAGAAAGACCUGGAGAAACUCAAGAAGAUGGAGAAGAAGAAGAAGAAAAGACUGCGGCGUCAUGAAGACAGUCCUCAGCGGGACGUGGGCACUGCCAGUGUUGUCAAAGAGGAGGUCCCUGACAAUGACCAGGAGCGCGCCAAUGAGGACGGAGAGGAGGCCAGUGACCAUGACGAUAACGAAGACGCUGAUGGAGAAGAGGAAGAAUUUGAAAUGGCCGCAGAGGAAUCGUCUGAGGAGUCCGACUCCGAAGAACUGGACGAGAAAGAAAACGUGCAGGCGGACUUGGCCAACAUCACGUGUGAGAUCGCCAUAAAGCAGAAGCUGAUCGACGAGCUGGAGAACAGUCAGCGGCGUCUGCACACGCUCAAACAGCAGUACGAACAGAAGCUCAUGAUGCUCCAGAACAAGAUCAGAGACACUCAGCUCGAGAGGGACAAGGUGCUGCACAACAUGGGAUCUGUGGAGUCAUGCACUGAGGAGAAAGCCAAGAAGAUCAAAGCUGAAUACGAGCGGAAACUGAGCUCUAUGAACAAAGAGCUCCAGAAACUGCAGUCCGCCCAAAAGGAGCACGCCCGCCUGCUCAAGAACCAGUCCCAGUAUGAAAAACAGCUCAAAAAACUACAACAGGAUGUCACCGAGAUGAAGAAGACCAAGGUGUUGCUGAUGCGUCAGAUGAAGGAGCAGCAGGAGAGGAGCAGGGCCUCAGAGACCAGAAGGAACAGAGAGAUCGCCACGCUCAAGAAAGACCAACGCAGAGCUGAGCACCAACUACGGCAACUUGAAGCCCAAAAGAGACAACAGGAGUUAAUUUUGCGAAGAAAAAAUGAAGAGGUGACCGCUCUGAGGCGUCAGGUGAGGCCGAUGUCAGGGAAGAUGAACAGAAAAACCCCAGAGACACAGGAGCCGGCUCACAGAGGACCAAUGGGAAAAACACACACGUCCACUGUCACUCACACCAAUGGGGCCAGGAGCUCUCCAGUGCGCACAGGUAAAGUGUAUCUGACCAGAACAGCCCGGGCCAAGUGGCAGUCACUGGAGAGACGCAUCACUGAGAUCAUCAUGCAGAAAAUGACCAUCUCCAACAUGGAAACUGACAUGAACAGACUGCUCAAGCAAAGAGAGGAGCUGACGAGGCGGCGUGAGCGUGUGCUGAGGAAGAAGGACAAGAUGGCGUCCGACGGAGCAGACGCCGACCGGAGCCUGGCAUCUCUUAGUGAGGAGCUGGAGUCUUUAAGUGCAAACAUCGACUACAUCAACGACAGCAUCGCAGACUGUCAGGCCAACAUCAUGCAGAUGGAGGAGGCCAAGGACGAGGGUGACACUGGAGAUGUGACGGCUGUGAUCAGCUCCUGUAGUCUGACUGAGGCUCGCUUCCUCCUCGACCACUUCAUGACUAUGGCCAUCAACAAGGGCCUCCAGGCAGCUCAGAAGGAGUCCCAGCUCAAAGUGAUGGAGGGACGACUGAAGCAGACGGAGAUAAACAGUGCCACUCAGAACCAGCUGUUGUUCCACAUGUUAAAGGAGAAAGCGGAGAUCAACCCGGAGCUGGACGCACUGCUCGGGAGCGCGCUACAAGAAAAUGGAGACGAGAGCAGCAGUGAUGAGUCCACUCCAAGUCCAGCCACUGAAGGAAACACACUUGCCUCAGAUUUAAUGAAGUUGUGUGGUGAAUCUAAGCCAAGAAAUAAGGCUCGUCGGCGGACCACCACACAGAUGGAGCUGCUCUAUGCCAGCAGCUCAGGGGACGGAUUUGGUGAGUCGCCCACAGGAGACUUCCCCUCUCCACUGCUGCCUCUGACCGAGCGCCCAGAGGGGCCUGGGGACGCCCCGGGUCACAUGACGGGUCACACCGCCGACAGAGAACAGACUCUACCUCCAUCUGGAGCGACAAACAGGGCUGCGAGCAUAGGAGGAUGCAGGUCUCCCACAGGGACGGAGAAAAGGCCAGUGGAGCGAUCACCGAUGAAUCGCAGAAGGAUCCAGGAGAAAGUGACGAUAACUCCUCUGUCUGUGACUCAACCUGUGUCUAACAACAACGCAGAGAGCAAAGCUAAAGGCAGUGACUACAGAGCACUGUUGGAUGAGUCUCCUGUAUUUGAAGGACACAGAGGUGUGAUUAACCCGUUCACAACUCAGAAGAAUAACCGAGGGGCCAAACUGCAGUGUGUUUAUGUGGCAGAGGGACACACCAAACCCGUGCUGUGUGUGGACGCCACUGACGACCUGCUCUUCACCGGAUCGAAAGACCGAACGUGUAAAGUGUGGAACCUGGUGACGGGACAAGAGAUUAUGUCUUUGGCUGAUCAUCCCAGCAGUGUGGUUUCUGUCAAAUACAUGUCCAGCCUGGUCUUCACUGUGUCCACUGCCUACAUUAAAGUUUGGGACAUCAGAGACUCAGCCAAGUGUAUUCGCACCCUCACGUCUUCGGGGCAGGUGAGUUCUGGAGACAGCUGUGCGUCUGUCCGGAGUUUGUCCAUUCCUCCUGGAGAGAGUCAAAUCAACCAAAUCUCCCUGAACCCAGCUGGCAACUUCCUGUACGCCGCGGCCGCCAACGCUGUCCGCAUGUGGGACCUCCGAAAAUUUGCAUCGACGGGGAAGCUCACUGGACAUUUGGGGCCGGUCAUGUGUCUGACUGUGGACAAAUUGGGAAAUGGACAGGACAUUGUGCUCACUGGCUCCAAGGAUCAUCAUAUUAAGAUGUUCGAGGUGGCGGAGGGGGCGCAGGGCAGCCUCACCUCUGGACACACAUUUGAACCUUCUCACCAGGACUCUGUGGAGGCUUUGACCGUGAGCGGAGACGUGUUCUACAGCAGCUCCAGAGAUCACUCCAUCCACAAGUGGGACAUCAGCCGCAAACGACUGCUGCAGUCUGCCUCUGGCCCUUCAGACUGGGCUGGUGCUCUGGGUCUGGUUCCUGGGGCCCCUGUGCUGCUGAGCGGGUGCAGAGGAGGGCUGCUGCGGCUGUGGCACGCUGACUCACUAGCGCCCCUCGGUGAGCUCCAGGGGCACGACAGCCCCAUCAACGGACUGGCCACCAACAGCAGCCAACUGUUCACCGCCUCAGAUGACCGCACAGUUAGGAUUUGGGAAGCGAAAGGAUCACUGGAGGAGGGCCUCUACUGACAACAGACUGAUUAUAAACACUGGGCCUUCCCUUUGUCAUUCAAUCAUCAUAAACAACCUCAGCUCUUCUUCAUCUACGAUAAUAACGGGACUAGAGAAAGUUCUUACUGAAAACUACAGUUACUGAAAUCUUGGGAUGUGUGUAAUUUCUAUGCAUUGACUGGAUGUUGUCUGAGCUACUGAGAGGAAAUGGCCUUCUUCAUCCUCAUCUUAUGUGUAAAGCAUCUCGUAAUAACAAUCCUUCCUAGUUCCUUCCUAGUUCAACUUGACUUUAACGUGAUUUUAAGCUUUUAGUGGCAAAAACUGUGAAUCUGUCUUUAGUCUGGUAUUUUAACUUUGUCUCUGGGAGCAGUAGUUUGCGUUCACAGCGUUUGGUCUUGAUUUAAAUGGAGGACAGGGGUCUAUUUAAUACAACAAGAAUGAUCAAACCACAGAAAUCUAAUAUUGUUUAAUUGUUAACCCAAAACCAGGUCAAAAUAUCUGCAAUCUGACAGUUUAAAGGCAAAUUCUACCAUGAAAUUCCAACCUGCCCUCCAGUUCAAUGUUAAACUAUGAACGCAACCUAUUAACUGUUAACUGUCUUCUUCUAUGGUCUUAAAACUACAGCUCAUACUGCCAGACAGAGAAAGCCGUUUGAUGUACAGCACUGGAGCAUAAUGCUGGAUACUGUGGAAAAAUCAUUUACCAUAUUUUUCGGACUAUAAGUCGCACCAGCCAAAAAAUGCAAAAUGAAGAAGAAAAAAAACAUAUAAGUCACACUUUUUGGAGGAAAUUUAUUUUAUAAAAUCAGAGACCAGGAACCAAUAUUUCAUCUUGAAGGUCAAGCUAUAGUAAAAACAAUAGAAUAGAGAACAAUAGACUGUUAACAUCACAUAUGAACAGUUAUUCAGGCAACUAGAGCAUAAACAACAAAACAGAACAAGUUUACCAAACUCUCCAUCUCACUCCAAAUCACUAAAUCCAUUGAAUUCUUCAUACACGGUGUCACUUCUGAGCAACUCCCAUAGCACUAUAAUAAAUUAUUAUAGAUCCAUGGCAAUUCCGCGACCUCCGGAGGGAAACAGAGCGCCACUUCCUCUUCUGUGUAGCUGUCAUCAGACUCACCAUCAGUUCCAGUUAGAAUUAUUCCGGCCUUUCUGUAUCCCGACAGGAUGGUUUCUGUUGUUACUGAAGUCCAGGCUUUUUUAAUCCAUCCAAUGACUUCGAGGAAAGUUGCAUGGUGCACCCUCCCGGUUACUGUGAAGCUGUGUUCUCCAUCCCCACUUUCUGCCAGUCCCUUACAAGUUUUUCACUCUCUCCAGAUUUUCUUUCUGCUGCUCAAGUAUUGUUUUUAGCUGCAUAUUUCACUACUUGAAGCAGGACAGCAGCUGUUUCUGCAGGAGACGUGCAGUAGAGGACGAUGUGACUGUGGUACAGGGCAACAGGAGCAGCAGUUACUGACACACAAGUCUAGAGUGCCCUUUUAUGGUUGUCAGUGUGAACAUUUUAAUAUAUAAGUCACAUCAGAGUAUAAAUCGCAGAACCACCCAAACCAUGAAAGAAGUGCCACUUAUAGUCUGAAAAAUACGGUCGGUGAGCCCUGUGGGAUCUUUGCAUUGAUACAGGGGGGCGCAGCUCUGCAGACUUUGGGAAAGACUGCUCUAGUUAAUGAAUUUGGUAUCUUUUCUAAAUUAUCACCUCUUAAUACUACUCAAAAUUCUUCACUGAAAUGCAUUUUUCCACAGUAUUCUACAGGAGUAUGCAGCUGUACAGUUUUGGUCCAGGCUUGAUGUUAAUGUUUAUACCAACUGUAUGUAAAAGUCUCAAAAUCUCAAAUGUGCAAGUUACAGGAUCACUGGCUGUAAAUUCUGAAAAUCAAAACCUGCUUGUGUUACUUGAAUCACUUGUCAACUUGCAGCUUUUUUGGGGAAGGUUCUUUCAUGUUUGUUUCUAUGGAAAGUCUUUGCCUAGAAUGUCUCACAGUACGGCAUUAAACCUCUAUGUCUGUCCAUGGAGACGACAGCAGGUGACGUCACAGGACCAGGUUUUUUGAGCAGUGGAAACACCAGUGGUUGAUGAAUGCAAGAUAAAUACAGUUUAAAGCAGUAGUGUGGAACAUACCGGGCAAAGCAAAAGCAUCUCCAUGGUGACAAGCAGGAGGUGGACCCUUCACCAGAAAAGUUACACAGUGUACCUUAAUACACUGCAAUAGUUGCUGUCCAGCUUUCCAGACUUAUUAUGUGUUUUCACUUUAAGGAUUUUGGUUCUGACAACAUACAUAAGUACUAUUACUACUACUACUAUUACUGCUACUACUAGACCUUUUAUUUUCAAAUAUUCUAAGACUUUUCUAAUGAUCAGUAAUGAAACAUAAGAACAGCAUCAACAACUAUUACUCCUAUUAUUACUGCAACUAUCACAACUAUUAAUACUGCUACUACUACUAGACUUUUUAUUUUCAAAUAUUCUCAUCUUCGGUACAGAAACAUAAGUACAACAACUACUACUACUACUGCUACUACUACAACUAUUACUUCUAUUACUCCAACUACCACAACUACUAAGUCUAUUCUCAUCUUCAGUCAUGAAACAUAAGUACAAUAUAAUAUAAUAUAAUAACUACAACUCCAACAACUACUACUACUACUAAUACUACUCCAACUACUACUACUACUGUUACUCCAAUUACGACAACCAUUACUACUACUAUUACUAGACCUUUUAUUUUCAAGCAUUCUAAGUCUAUUCUCAUCUUCGGUCAUGAAACAUAAGUACAAUGACUACCACAACUCCAACUACUACUACUAUUACUCCAACUACCACAACUAUUACUACCGCUACUACUACUACUACACCUACACCUUUUAUUUUCAAAUAUUCCAAGACUUUUCUAAUGUUCAGUACUGAAACAUAAGUACAACAACUACUACGAGUACUACUACAGCUACUACUACUAGACUUUUUAUUUUCUCAGUGUUUUCUCAUCGUCAGUCAUUAAACAUAAGUCCUACUACUAUUACUACUACUACUACUACUAUUGUACUGGAUAGCGAGUUGUAUCUAGUCCGAGUAAUGUGAAUGUUCUAAAAAUAAGCACCUUGAAUUCCCUUCAUUUCACUAGGAUCAGUGUGUAUAUGUGUUUUGUACAGUACUUUUCUCUUCUGCUUUUCAGGAGCGUUAAGAUGUGAUUCGACCUCUUACUUCAACUUUUGUGUAAAAACUAUUUAUUUGUUUUAUUGUUUAUAGUGGAUCCAGUUUGGUUUAUGGUUUUUAUCUCUGCAACAAGAGGCUUAAUAUUUGUAUCUGAUUUUUAAUGAUGACGAACUACAUUGAGAGGUAAUGGGGCGUGUGUAUUGCAAUUAGAAAUGCAUCAUGAGUGCCUAAUUUUAAUAUAAACAAAGGUUAAACUGUUACCUCAUUUAUGCAGCCGAUAAUUGGCCAAUAAAACGCUCAUUUAUCAUGGACUGAGAAAGCCAUGUCAUGUUUUCAAAAGUAGGGCAGGGGUCUAAUGUAAGAGUAGGAUUGAUUCACAGUUUCUGAAAGGAAAUGCUUAACAAAAUCCACAUAAUGCUGAACCCAUAUGACAAAAAUAACACAUUUGCUUUUAGAAAAUGUCUUUCCUUUCUAUAGUAAAACCAAAAAUCAGUCAACAGGUCUAAUAAAUACACAAAUAACUGUAAACCAGAUCAAAACAUUUGCAUUUUGUCAGUUAUUAUGCUAUUUUCUAAUCGAUGUUAUAAUGUUGUUUCCUCAUUACAAACAAACUUGAAGUUGUGUUUUGUUUCAUUCACACAUUUACCACACAAACCCUGCAUAUUUACGCUGAGUUCUUCUCCAAAACUGAAAACACUCUCUUCCACCUUGUGAUGUCAUGUAGUGAUACAGGAAGUGCUCCACUGUGUUUUUAAACUCCAUACACCAGACAUGUAAAAUUCAGGCACGAGGUCCAAAUUUUGCUUGUGAUAUAAUUAUAUUUGGCCCACGAGAUCAUAUCAAAUAUGUAUUAGAGCUGCCCGCUGGCUACAGAUCGGCUAUAGAAACAUUAUUUUUUUUAAAUUGUGUUAUUAUUUUAUAUUAUGCUUGUUCUGGAUUCAAUGUUUGAGCAAAAUUAUUAUUAAACAUAAGAAUAAAUUUAACAUUACAUAUCUUGAAAGAAGAGAAAACAUGCAGAUGUUGAAAUUUUUCGAUAAACAUUUAGUUUGGCCCACGACUUAGUCCCAGUUUUUAAUUUUGCCCCUCUGUGAAUUUGAGUUUGACACCCCCGCCAUACACUUUCACGAGCAUUAUUUUGAUGAUUUUAGCCCUACAAUUUCCGAUUUCUACUGAACUAAAGGAAAAAGGUAGCUGUUAACUUGAUGACAUCACGGGGUGGAACAGAGCGUUUUGAGCUUUGGAGAUGUAGACAGACUAAUAAUAAAAGAUUGCGCAAACAUAUGUGAAUGAAACUGGUUGCUGGGUAUGGUUUUGAUGAGGUAACUACUAGGGAUGUAACAAUAACCGAAAUAUCAUGAUAUCGUAUCGUCAAAAGUCUCACAAUUUAUCGAAUUACAAGUUCCUUUGCUUAAAUGCAUGAUUUUAUUGUAGCAGCACCUUAUAAACAUAGAAAACUACAUAUCCCAUGAUUCAUUUCAGUGCAGACAACAUGAUGAAAUAUGUUUUUUACUUGAAUUCUUGGGAUUAUGAUGGAAAUAAUUCACACCAAAAUCUUGUCAAGUUAUUUCAAACAUGAAACGUGUCCUAUCUACAAUUAUAUUAGCCUCUCCAAAAUAUUGCAAUAAAUAUCGUACGGACAGAUUUGGAUUUCGUUACAUCCCUAGUAACAACAUUAUAACAUGAUUUAAAGCUCACAAAAGUCGAUAUUUAAACUAUAGACAGUUUAAAAAAUGUUGUGAAGUUACAUGAACCAAACCUGUAUGAAAAGCUGCUUUGUAUUAUGGCCUAUUUAUUUCAACCAGCAAAGUCAAAUGGGAUGUGGUGAUUGCACUGAAAAAAAGAUUAAGUUUCUCCUCUUAUUUAAUUAUCAGUGAGUCUUUCUCGUUGCUUUUACUGUAAUUUCACUGAGAGUGUAAAAUCGUCUUUGAACCGUUGCUAAAUGACUGGUCUGAGCUGUGUGCUGAGACCACGACAGUUUUAGGUUUGUUUGAAUUCUCCUGUUUUUUUGUUUUGUUUUGUUUUGUUUUUUCUGCUGUUGUUUCUACUGUAAAUCUUCACUUGUGUAAAUAUAUCUCUUGGUCUUUGGGUUGGUACAGUGUGAAUGGGCACUGUCAAAUAAACCUGUUUUUCAAGUA